CAACUCCCAGCCGGACUGGGGGUACAGAGGUGCUCAGAGCAAAACUGCUUUGGCCCCCUUAUCCCAGGGCCCUGUGGGAAAAGGGGAUCCCUGCUCCCAGAUUUAAGGGUUGAGGUGACAUCUGCUAGCACAGUGGAAUCCUCUGGGAUUGGAGGGUUGGAGCUGGACUGGAACCCCCAGCCCUGUGCUGCCCCGAUGGGUUUUGUGAGCGAGCCAUGCGGUUUGGUUCGCUUCUCUGGCCCUCCAUGGGGCCUCCUUCCCGGGGCAGGAGGCACUGAAGCGUGCCCUCCCGUGGGGCGUUUUUCCAUUGUAGCUCCCAGGCUUCCCUCCGCAUGGGGGCUUCCUGAGGGUCUCACGGGCCCCCACAUCUUGGGCAGCAGGACUUUGUUCCUCUCCCAUCCAGGCCAGGGAGACCAGGGCCCCCAGUCCCCUUCACACUCUCUCUCUCCCCCCCCACAGACCCUGGAGAGCAGCGUCCUGAGGGCAGGCCGGGAGAAGGGCCUGAGCGAGCAGGACCCUGCCCAGGACUCUCAGCUCGCCUGCCUACCUGCCCGCAUCAGGGAGAUCAUCACCCGCAACCUCUCCCAGCCUGAGAACCAAGCCCCGCUGCCGGCCGCGGAGAUGGCAUCAGUGCUGUCGCUGCAGGAGGAAAACCAGCUGCUGCAGCAGGAACUGUCCCGCGUGGAGGACCUGCUGGCCCAGAGCCGGGCGGAGCGUGACGAGCUGGCCAUCAAGUACAACGCGGUCAGCGAGAGGCUGGAGCAGGCUGUGCGGCUGGAGUCUGGGGAGCCAGAAACGCGGGAGCCCACGGGGCUGGUCCGGCAGAGCGUGGAGCUGCGGAGGCAGCUGCAGGAGGAGCAGGCCUCCUACCGGCGCAAGCUGCAGGCCUACCAGGAAGGCCAGCAGCGGCAGGCCCAGCUUGUGCAGCGGCUGCAGGCCAAGACCCUGCAGUACAAGAAGAAGUGCUCGGAGCUGGAGCGGCGGCGGCUGAGGGACACAGAGCACAGCCAUGACCUGGAGAGCACCCUCAUCCGCCUAGAGGAGGAGCAGCAGAGGAGUUCCAGCCUGGCCCAGGUGAACUCCAUGCUCCGAGAGCAGCUGGACCAGGCGAACUCGGCCAACCAGGCUCUGAGUGAGGACAUCCGCAAGGUGACUUCUGACUGGACACGCAGCCGUAAGGAGCUGGAGCAGCGGGAGGCGGCGUGGAGGCGUGAGGAGGAGUCCUUCAACACCUACAUCAGCAACGAGCACAGCCGCCUGCUCCUCCUCUGGAGGCAGGUCGUGGGGCUCCGUCGGCUGGUCAGCGAGGUGAAGAUGUCCACCGAGAGGGACCUGCUGCAGCUGGGAGGGGAGCUGGCCCGGACCUCAAGGGCCAUCCAGGAGGCGGACCUGGGGCUGAGCGCAGGCCUGCGGCUGGCCGAGAGCCGGGCAGAGGCGGCCCUGGAGAAGCAGACACUGCUACAGGCCCAGCUGGAGGAGCAGCUGCGGGACAAGGUGCUCCAGGAGAAGGACCUGGCCCAGCUGCAGGUGCAGAGCAACCUGGACAAGGCCAACCUCAGUGCCAGAGUGACAGAGCUGGCCCUGACAGUGGAGCGCCUUCAGAACCAGAAUCUGGAGAAGGAUCGGGUCAACAAGGCCCUUACUGAGAAGCUUGAGGCCCUGGAAUCCCUGCGGCUCCAGGAGCAGGCGGCCCUGGAGACAGAGGACGGAGAGGGGCUGCAGCAGACCCUGAGAGACCUGGCACAGGCCGUCCUGUCGGACAUGGAGAGCGGUGUCCAGCUAAGCGGCUCUGAGCGCACGGGGGACGCGUCGGACGGCAGCCUGAGGGGGCUCUCGGGCCCCCGGACCCCCUCCCCGCCGCGACGCUCCUCGCCCGGCCGCGGCCGAUCCCCGCGCCGAGGCCCAUCCCCGGCCUGCUCCGACUCCUCCACGCUCGCCCUGAUCCACUCGGCCCUGCACAAGCGCCAGCUGCAGGUCCAGGACAUGCGUGGGCGCUAUGAGGCCAGCCAGGACCUCCUGGGCACCCUGCGGAAGCAGCUUAGUGACAGCGAGGGUGAGCGCCGCAGCCUAGAAGAACAGCUGCAGCGUCUUCGGGACAAGACCAACGGGGCCACCCAGGCUCAUGAGGAUGCCCAGCGUGAGGCCCAGCGUCUGCGGGGCACCAUUGACCUUCUGAACAGGGAGAAGGACAGCCUGGCCCGCAGCCUGCAGACGGCCCAGCAGCAGGCCGAGGAGCUACGGCAGGAGCGAGAGAAGCUGCAGGCGGCUCAGGAGGAGCUGCGGCGCCAGCGGGACCGGCUGGAGGAAGAGCGGGAGGACACGGCGCGGGACAGCGAGCGGACUCGCAGGGAGCUCGAGCGCAGCCACAGACAGCUAGAGCAGCUGGAAAUGAAGCGCUCAGGGCUGGCGAAGGAGCUGGUGGAGGUGAGGGAGGCGCUGAGCUGUGCCACGCUGCAGAGGGACAUGCUACAGGCUGAGAAGGCCGAGGUGGCUGAGGCGCUGACCAAGGCUGAGGCCGGCCGCGUGGAGCUCGAACUCUCAAUGACCAAGCUGAGGGUCGAGGAGGCCUCUCUGCGGGACUCCUUGUCCAAGCUGAGCGCCCUCAACGAGAGCCUCGCCCAGGACAAGCUGGGUCUGAACCGCCUCGUCGCCCAGCUGGAAGAGGAAAAGGCGGCCCUGCUGGGCCGGCAACGGCAGGUGGAGCAAGAGGCCUGCUUGGCCCGGGAGGCGCAGGAACGGCUGGAGCACCUACGGUUGGAGCAGGAGGUGGAACAGCAGGGCCUGGAGGGCUCCCUGCGGGCGGCCGAGCAGGCCCGGGAGGCCCUGGAGCACCAGCUCCCCGCGUUGCGCCAGGAGCGCUGCCGGCUGCAGGAGCAGCUGGCCCAGCUCUCCCGGCAGCUGAGCGGGCGCGAGCAGGAGCUGGACCAGGCACGGAGGGAGACGCAGCGGCAGGUGGAGGCGCUGGAGCGGGCAGCCCGGGAGAAGGAGGCUCUGGCCAAAGAGCGGGCCGGCCUGGCGGUGCAGCUGGCCGCAGCUGAGCGAGAAAGCCGGACCCUGUCGGAGGAGGCCACACGCUUGCGCCUGGAGAAGGAAGCCCUGGAGAGUAGCCUGUUCGAGGUGCAGCGGCAGUUGGCGCAGCUCGAGGCCCGCCGGGAGCAGCUGGAAGCCGACGGGCAGGCCCUGCUGCUGGCCAAGGAGACCCUGACUGGGGAGCUGGUGGGCCUACGGCAACAGAUGACAACUACAGAGGAGAAGGUGGCUCUGGACAAGGAGCUGAUGGCCCAGAAGCUGGUGCAGGCUGAGCGGGAGGCCCAGGCCUCUCUGCGGGAGCAGCGGGCCGCCCAUGAGGAGGACUUGCAACGACUCCAGCGAGAGAAGGAGGCAGCGUGGCGGGAGCUGGAGGCCGAACGGGCCCAGCUGCAGGGCCAGAUGCACCGGGAGCGAGAGGAGCUGUUGGCACGGCUGGAGGCAGAGAAGGAAGAGCUGAGCGAGGAGAUCGCCGCCCUGCAGCAGGAACGUGACGAGGGCCUCCUCCUGGCCGAGAGCGAGAAGCAGCAGGCCCUGUCCCUGAAGGAGUCCGAGAAGACGGCGCUGUCGGAGAAGCUGAUGGGUACACAGCACAGCCUGGCCGCCGUCUCCCUGGAUUUGGAGCGGCACAAGAGAGACGCCCAGAGCCGGCAGGAGCAGGACCGGAGCACUGUGAACGCGCUGACGUCCGAGCUGCGGGACCUACGGGCCCAGCUUGAGGAGGCUGCCGCAGCCCACGCCCAGGAGGCCAAGAGGCUGCAAGAACAGGCCCGAAACCUGGACAGGCAGCGGGAGUCCUCCAUGCGCGAGGCAGAAGAGCUUCGGACGCAGCUGCGCCUGCUGGAGGACGCCCGUGACGGGUUGCGGCGGGAGCUGCUGGAGGCCCAGCGCAAGGUGCGCGACAGUCAGGAUGGCCGCGAGGCCCAGCGCCAGGAGGCCAGCGAGCUGCGGCGCAGCCUGGGUGAGGGCGUCAAGGAGCGCGAGGCCCUGCGGCGUUCCAACGAGGAGCUGCGGGCGGCCGUGAAGAAGGCUGAGAGCGAACGGAUCAGCUUGAAGCUUGCCAACGAGGACAGGGAGCAGAAGCUGGUGCUCCUCACGGAGGCACGAGUGGCCGCGGGCAGGGAGGCCGAGGAACUGCGGGCCGGACUGCAGGAGGUGGAGCGCUCGCGGCUGGAGGCCCGCCGGGAACUGCAGGAGCUCCGGCGGCAGAUGAAGGUGCUGGACGGUGAGAACACCAGGCUGGGCCGGGAGCUGGUGGAGCUGCAGGGCCGCCUGGCCCUGGGUGAGCGGGCAGAAAAGGAGGGCCGGCGGGAGGCCCUGGGCCUCCGACAGAAGCUGCUGAAGGGCGAGGCCAGCCUGGAGGCCAUUCGGCAGGAGCUCCAGGGAGCCCAGAGGAAGCUGCAGGAACAAGAGGGCGAGUUCAGGGCCCGCGAGCGAGGCCUGCUGGCCUCCCUGGAGGAGGCACGCGGCGCCGAGAAGCUGCAGCUGGACCACGCCCGCAGCUUGGAGCUGAAGCUGGAGGCGGUGCGGGCCGAAGCCGCGGAGCUGGGGCUGCGGCUGAGCGCGGCCGAGGGCCGGGCGCAAGGCCUGGAGGCCGAGCUGGCCCGCGUGGAGGCGCAGCGGCGCGCAGCCGAGACCCAGCUGGGCGGCCUGCGCUCAGCUCUGCGUCGGGGCCUGGGCCUCGGGCGCACUCCCAGCCCGGCCCCGCUGCCCUCGCCGGGCUCGCCGGCCCGGGACGCGCCCGCUGGAGGAAGCGGCGAAGGGCUCAGCAGCCCCAGCCCCUUGGAACGCAGCCCUGGGUCCGAGCCACCAUCCCCAGGACCUGCCACCUCCCCGGCAUCCCCAGACCUGGACCCGGAGGCGGUACGGGGGGCCCUCCGGGAGUUCCUGCAGGAGCUGCGGAGUGCCCAGAGACAGCGGGAUGAGCUUCAGGCCCAGACCGGUGUCCUGAGUCGACAGCUGGCUGAGAUGGAGGCUGAGAGGGACAGUGCCACCUCACGGGCGAGGCAGCUACAGAAGGCUGUGGCCGACGGUGCAGAAGCCCGACGCCGCGUGGACGGGCGGCUGAGCGGGGCCCAGGCAGAGCUGGUGCUGCAGGAGGAGAAUGUGCGGCGCAGCGAGCGGGAGCGCCGGGCCGCCCUGGACCAGGUGGCCGCCCUGGAGAGGAGCCUGCAGGCCACCGAGAGUGAGCUCCGGGCCAGCCAGGAGAAGAUCAGCAAGAUGAAGGCCAAUGAGGUGAAGCUGGAGAGUGACAAGCGGCGUCUGAAGGAGGUGUUGGAUGCCUCUGAGAGCCGCACCAUCAAGCUUGAGCUGCAGCGGCGCUCACUCGAGGGGGAACUGCAGCGCAGCCGCCUGGGCCUCAGUGACCGUGAGGCCCAGGCCCAGGCCCUCCAGGAUCGGGUGGACUCCCUGCAGAGACAGGUGGCAGACAGUGAGGUGAAGGCGGGGACUCUGCAGCUGACAGUGGAGCGGCUGAACGGGGCCCUGGUCAAGAUGGAAGAGAGCGAGGGGGCCUUGCGGGACAAGGCGCAGGGCCUGUCAGAAGCACUGGCCCAGAGUAGCGCCAACCUUACCAGCACCCAGGACAAGAAUCUGCACCUGCAGAAGGCCCUGACCGCUUGUGAACAUGACCGCCAAGUUCUCCAAGAACGGCUGGAGGCCGCUCGGCAGGCGUUAUCGGAGGCCCGGAAGCAGAGCAGCUCCCUGAGUGAGCAGGUGCAGACGAUGCGAGGCGAGCUGGCGGACCUGGAGGUGCAGCGGGCAGAGGCAGAGGGCCAGCUGCAACAGCUUCAGGAGGUGCUGCGGCAGCGACAGGAGGGGGAGGCAGCGGCCCUGCACGCGGUCCAGAAGCUGCAGGAGGAGCGGCGGCUGCUCCAGGAGCGCCUGGACGGCCUGCAGCGAGCCCUCGCUCAGCUGGAGGCCGAGAAGCGGGAGGUGGAGCGGUCAGCGCUGCGGCUGGAGAAGGACCGGGUGGCCCUCAAGAGGAUGCUGGACAAGGUGGAGCGCGAGAAGCUUCGCAGCCAUGAGGACACGGUGCGGCUGAGCGCCGAGAAGGGCCGCCUGGACCGCACGCUCACGGGGGCCGAGCUGGAGCUGGCUGAGGCCCAGAGGCAGAUCCAGCUGCUGGAGGCCCAGGUGGUGGCACUGGAGCAGGACCAGAGCCCAGCCCGGCUGGAGGCCGCCGAGCAGCAGCAGCGGGAGGUAGAGCGGGAGGUGGAGCGCCUGCGCAGUGCCCAGGUGCAGACAGAGCGCACCCUGGAGGCUCGGGAGCGGGCCCACCGGCAGCGCGUGCGCGGUUUGGAAGAGCAGGUGUCCACACUGAAGGGACAGUUGCAGCAGGAGCUCCGGAGGAGCUCAGCAUCCUUCCCCCAAACCUCCGGCCCCCCAGGGGAAUGAGCCCCUUCCUGGGUGGCCCCCUGGCCCAGAGCUCGGCUCAGGGUACGGAGGAGCCAGGUGGCCGUGCUGGACGCCAGGGACUCCGGUGGCAGCUUCUUAGCGGCAUCCGGGGCCCCACCUCAGUCCAGUCCCCACCCCUGGGCUGAGCAUCCAGGUCACCUGAGUGUCUGAGCCAAAGCCAGGGGGUCGGGGAGACCCCCUUGCCCCUGGCUGGCCCUAGAGCAUGGGCUCAUGGGAAGGAGGAGGGGUGCCUGGGAGUCAGAGACCCAGACCAUCCCCUGGCUUCCCAGAGAUCUCUCCGCCUUAGUUCAGAGUGUUUGUCGGGAAAUUCCUCAGAGUCCCUGUAUUUUUAUACCUUUUUACAAUGUUAACUGUUCAGGACUGUUGUUUUUUUUGUAACAAAAGACCCCGUUUUCUAAAAAUGGUUUGUACAGACGUGUCCCCUUACUUCAG